GCCCUAAACACAGAGUCUCCCACAAUGCUUCCUUUCAGUCCUUUUGCCUUCAUCCUACCUUGUCUUCUCUUUCUGUUCAUGCUCAUCAAAAUUUUCAGAGCAAAAAGUUCCAGUGCUUUGAAGUUACCCCCGGGGCCAAAGAAACUGCCCCUUAUCGGAAAUUUGCCCCAGUUGAGAAGUCCCGAUCUGCCACACCAUCAUCUGAAUAACCUAGCAAAAAUCUACGGUCCGAUUUAUCACCUCAAGGUCGGCGAGCUCAUGCUGGUCGUUCUUACGACUCCUGAAAUUGCCGAAGAGGUCCUAAAGACGCACGAGAUCAACUUUGCUCAGAAGCCACUAUUCCCGUCUUUAGAGACGAUGUUCGACCCAUGCUCAAGCUUCAUGUAUGCGCCUUACGGAGAACAAUGGAGGCAGCUUCGCAAGAUUUGUGUCUUGGAACUUCUCAGCAUCAAACGCGUUCGGUCUUUCCAAUCAAUAAGAGAAGAUGAGAUGAGUUAUCUGGUCCAGUUCGUGCGCUCGUCGCAGGGUUGCCCUCUCAAUCUUACCAACAAGAUCUCUUCAUGCUUAAAUGGCAUAAUAUCUAAAGCAGCAUUUGGUGAAAGCUACAAGUGCCAGGAGUACCUUUCAGCUCUUAAAGACGGAAUAGAGCUGGCCGGCGGUUUAAGCGUCGUGGAUGUUUUCCCAUCCCUCAGAAUCCUUCGUUACUUUAGUAGGAGGAAAUGGAAGCUAGACAGCGUUCGGCGAAGAUGUGAUCAAAUCUCAAAUCAUAUCCUCAAUGAUCAUAAGAGGCAGAGAGAAAACUUAAGUACCCAGGAAGAUAGCUUUGUCAAGGAAGAUUUUGUCGAUGUACUUUUACGGAUUCAAGAGUCAAACGAACUCGGAUUUCAUCUUACCGACGACCACAUUAAAACUAUCAUCCUGGAAUUCUAUGGUGGUGGAACCGAUACUUCAUCAGUGACAGCAGAAUGGGCAAUGUCGGAACUGCUCAAGAACCCACAAGCGAUGGCAAAAGCGCAGGCUGAGGUACGCAUGGCAUUGAAAGGAACGGAUCGAGUGCAAGAAUCGGAUCUCGAGGAUCUUAAGUACUUAAAAUCAGUGAUCAAAGAGACUCUUCGGUUACACCCUCCAGUACCAUUAGUCCCCAGAGAAGCAAGGAAGGCAUGCAAGAUCAGGGGCUACGAUAUACCUGUGAAAUCGAGGGUGCUUAUUCAUGCCGGGGCAUUUGGAAGGGAUCCAAAUCAUUGGGAAGACCCAGAAAAAUUUGUGCCGGAGAGGUUUCUUGAAUCAUCAGUAGACUUUAUCGGGAAACAUUACCAUUUCGUUCCAUUUGGGUUUGGCAGGAGGGUGUGUCCGGGCAUCGCAUUUGCUGUGGCAAAUAUUGAGCUCUUACUAGCACUUUUGCUGUACCAUUUCGACUGGGCACUUCCAAAUGGCCAAACUCCUGAAGAACUUGACAUGACUGAGGCUUUCGCGGCCACGGUCACGAGAAAGAGCGAUCUUUAUGCGGUUGCCACCCCUCAUCGUCAUGGCCAUGCCUAAUAAAGACUUAUCGGUUGGGGUGGCCAUUCUUAUCGUUCCAUCUUGCUCAUGCCAAUAAUCUAUUUCAUCCCGCGUCGUUGCUGAGAAACUAGUCUUUGGACAGGCGUUAAAACUUGUCGAAUUAUGUUAGUCUCAGCUUUUAUCGUAUUGGCAGUCAUAUGCCAAAACUUUGAAUUUCUGUGUCAGUUUCUAGUGUCUGUUUUCCCUUUAAUAAUGCAAGAAAUUGCUUUC